GUUUGAGUGACCUGUUGUGACUACAAAGGUUAGUUUCUCACGCUGUCCAAGGAAACAGCAGAGUCCUGAAGGCACCAUGGACCUGGACAGUAAACGACUGGUGGUGGUGGUGCCAAACGAGGUGUCUGCAGCCUCCCGCCGAGUGUUCAGCAGCGAGUAUGAAACAUGGUACCUGGAGAACCCGCUGACCGCUGCCACCAAGGCCAUGAUGAGCAUCAACGGUGAUGAGGACAGUGCAGCGGCUCUGGGGCUGCUCUACGACUACUACAAGAUUCCCAGAGAGAGGAAAUGCACGUCCGGUGGUGCUGCUGACACGCCUGCUGCUGCGCCUCAUAACUACAGCAGUCAGGACGUGCUGGAUCCCAGCUGUCCAGUACUGAGGUCCAUGCCAGUCAACCUCUCUCUCAACAACAGCGUCGCUGCAGAACAUCCCAGCUCCAGGCAGGGAGCUGCGGGCCUCGCAGGAGAUCCCAGAGGAGGAGGUGGGAAAGGUGGGGGCAGCGCUCCUCUUGCUCUGGUCAAAUCGGAAGAUCAAGCCUCCGUGGCAGUGUCUUGUUCCGGUGCUUCUUAUCAAGAAGAACCUAAAGGGCACCUGAGGAUGGUUUACGAGCAGAGCCGCUAUGAUUUGGGUCUCAGCGGGUACUUGAAAGAUGAACAGAGCAGCACUCCAGACAGCACCUAUGAGGGCUCUGUGGAAGAAGAGAUUUACCAAAGAAGGUCUUCCUCGGGAGCUGAUCCCUUCAUCUAUAAUCUACCAGUUGACGGUUUCAAGUACAGCCUGGAGGCCAGCAUGUCUCUGCGGCUGCGGCAGGCAGACGGUCCGAUGGCCUACCUGAACCGAGGCCAGUUCUACGCUCUGACGCUCACCGAGGCGGGCUUCAGCUCGUCCCUCUGUCAGCGCAGAGAUGGAGAGUGGCUGAAUGGAGCCACACUAUCGCAGGGGCAUGAUGGGAACUCAUCCAGCAGGGCUGCGGGAGGCUCCGACCUGCAGCAGAACAGUGUCGUACAGAGUGUCAUCAUGGUUGUUUUUGGAGAGGACAAGUCCAGAGAUGAGCAGCUAAAGAACUGGAAAUACUGGCACUCUCGCCAGCACACUGCCAAGCAGAGGGUCCUGGACAUUGCUGACUACAAGGAGAGCUUCAGCACCAUUGGGAACGUGGAGGAAAUCGCCUACAAUGCUGUGUCUUUCACCUGGGACGUCAGUGAAGGAGCCAAGGUCUUUAUUUCUGUGAACUGUCUGAGCACAGACUUCUCCUUGCAGAAGGGGGUGAAGGGUAUGCCUCUGAUAAUUCAGAUCGACACCUACAGCUACAACAGCUGCAGAAGCCGGCCCAUCCACAGAGCCUUCUCUCAGAUCAAGGUCUUCUGUGACAAGGGUGCUGAGAGGAAGCUUCGUGAUGAGGAGAAGAAACAACUCCGGAGGAGGAAUAAAGGUAAAAACAGUUUUCUAAUAAGGGGAAAAUAUAUACAAGGAGUUCCAAUGAAGAGCUUGAGUCAGGAAGAUUUCUGCCCACCUCCACCCAAGAAGAGCAAAGUGGAGCAAGAAAGAAAAGUUCUACUUUAUGUGAGGAAGGAGUGUGAUGAAGUGUUUGAUGCCUUGAUGCUGCGUGCACCCACCCUCAAAGCUCUGAUGGAGGCAAUCUCAGAGAAAUACAUGGUCCCUGUUGAAACGAUAAGCAAAGUUUACCAAAAAAGCAAAAAAGGGGUUCUGGUGAACAUGGACGACAACAUGGUCCAGCACUACUCCAACGAGGACACCUUCAUCCUGUCUUUAGAGAGCUCGGCUGAGUCCUUGCGGGUGACUCUGUCAGAAAUCUGACUGUCGUCAGUCUCGGCACUUUUUCAAUAAAUCUUCACUGUGGGGCACAUCAGCAUCACACACCCUUUUCUGAUGAUCACGCUACGGUUCGCUGCCUGCACGACCCCCAGCAGAUAAAAUCCAGCCCCUCAUCCUCCGCCGCAGCUCGUUCUCAUC